CACGUCCCGACGUCACGCUACGGGCUCAUAUAAUUGUUGUGAAUAUGUAAUUGCGCUCGUACGACUGGUUGCUUCUAAAUUUGGCUUCGCGGUGGCAGGCUGUAGUCUGUGAGGUGGUCGCUGCGCCGAUGCUGUGUGAGGAUGUCAACAUCAACGGAGGCUGAAGGAAAUUAACCGAUAAAUGCGUGACCACGGGACGCCGUGGAGAAGCUGUUUCGCGAACAAGCAAGGUCACGAUAUGUCAAAAGUCGACGCUUAGUAGAAAAUCGUUGUGAGUUUAGAGAGACGUAAAUUAAGCUUUGCGCGCGUGCAGUAACGCGCUGGAGAUUCUUGGAGAACACCGAGACAACUGCUGCUUCGAUUUUCACACUGAAUGGACUUUUAAAAAUACUGUCUUAAAGCAUGGCAGCCAGCCAAAUGUCCCAGGAUGUUUCCUUUUUUUACGGAACCUGCACCUAACCCGCUAACCGGCCAGUGACUGACCUUUUACGCGCAGUGAAAGAUCCCUGAUCCCACAAUUUGUUUUUUUGUUUAUGCAGACGAACUUUGCAAAACAUUUUAAUGAUUCGAGAUCUGAGCAAGAUGUACCCCCCGGCACGGCAUCCGCCGGGACAGCCGUUAAAGUUCACCGUCACCGAGUCCUGCGACCGGAUCAAGGAGGAGUUCCACUUCCUGCAAGCCCAGUAUCACAGUCUGAAAAUGGAGUGUGAAAAACUGGCCAGUGAUAAAACUGAGAUGCAGAGACACUAUGUCAUGUACUAUGAAAUGUCGUAUGGACUCAACAUCGAGAUGCACAAACAGGCGGAGAUCGUCAAGCGGCUGAACGCAAUCUGCGCCCAAGUCAUCCCCUUCCUCUCUCAAGAGCAUCAGCAGCAGGUGGUGCAGGCGGUGGAGCGGGCCAAGCAGGUCACCAUGGCUGAACUCAACGCAAUCAUAGGAGUGG